AUGGAUACUCUCUUCCGAGUCCAGCUAAGCUCAGGUUCUCUCACUUCCUCCGUUGCCGCCUCUUCUCUACUCAACAGUCAACCCCGUCCUCGCUUCUCCUCGUUGCAGCUCAGCCGUGUCGGCUCAUCUCCAGCGAUUGGAUCUGUCUCGGUGAAUGAAACUUGCACGGCUGAUGAGCUCCACUACGUUCCUGUUCCCAACUCUGAUUGGCGUGCCGCCCUCUGGAGAUAUCUUCCUUCCCCAAAGGCACCGAAGAGGAAACAUCCUUUGCUUCUAUUGUCUGGGAUUGCGAGCAAUGCUUUCACCUAUGAUCUUUCCCCUGAGUGUUCCUUUGCAAGGUUCAUGUCUGGUUCAGGGUUUGAUACAUGGAUUCUUGAGCUCCGUGGAGCUGGGUUGAGUUCUCUAAGUGUUGAAUCUAGAAAGGAGGAUAAGCAGAUAGUUUCAGAUCUUUUGGAGAAUCUUAUAAACGUAUCUGAGAAGAUGGAAAAUGUUCUUGAUGAAGAAUAUGCAGGUUUCAAGAUCCUAGGGUUGCAAGACAGACUCUCUAAGAGAGUGGGAGAUUUCAAGCAGCGGCUUGACAUCAUCCCUCGUUACAAUUGGGAUUUUGAUAACUAUCUAGAAGAAGAUAUUCCUUCUGCGGUGAGGUGA